GCUCUCCUCUCCUCUCUCUCAGUCAGGACUGCUCUGUGAGCUCUUAGAUGGAAUAGCAGCAUUUUUCUUCUCUGCUGUAACUGGAGGAAACUGGAAACAAGGUGUCAGAGGAGGGAUAAAUCUCAAGUCACAUACCUGGCUUUGUUUAAGUGGGACCAGCAGAGGAGGAAGCCCCCCCUGAAAGGUAGCGAGCACUGGUCAUUCUUCCUGAGUCUCGCAGUCAUGGGCAGGCCGGAGGGGUUGGCCAGACCACCUCUGGUGUCAGCGACGAUGCUCUCCCUCCUGGCUCUCUCUCUCUUCUCCAAUGAAGUCUCCAGCCUCGCUCAGCCUCAGCCAAGAGUCUUCCUUCCCUUUGAGGACCUUCAGGCCUCCCCGUCCUUUGAACACUACAGCAUAUCAGACAAGCCGAUGGACUACAGGAUCCUGCACAUGGACGAGGACCAGGACAGGAUGUAUGUGGGCUGCAAAGACCACGUCCUCUCCAUGGACAUCAACAACAUCACUCAUGGCACGCUAAAGGUGUUAUGGCCCGCAUCUACAAGCAAGAUAGAGGAGUGCCAAAUGGCGGGAAAGGACCCGACACACGGCUGUGGGAACUUUAUCCGAGUGGUGCAGCCUUACAACAGAACUCAUCUGUUCAUGUGUGGCAGCGGCGCAUACAGUCCCGUCUGUGUGUACAUCAACAGGGGCCGCAGACCAGAGGAACAAGUUUUUCACAUUGACUCCAGGACUGAAUCUGGGAAAGGGAGGUGCUCCUUCAACCCUCAAGUGAACACGGUCUCAGUCAUGCUCAAUCAGGAGCUGUUCUCAGGCAUGUACAUUGACUUCAUGGGGACAGAUGCUGCCAUCUUCAGGAGCCUGACCAAGAGGAACGCAGUGCGCACAGAUCAGCACAACUCUAAGUGGCUCAGUGAGCCAAUCUUCAUUGACGCCCACCUGAUACCAGAUGGAACCGACCCAAAUGACGCUAAACUGUAUUUCUUCUUCCGUGAGAGGCUAACAGACAACAGUGGAAACACUAAGAAUAUCCACACCAUGGUGGCCAGAGUGUGUCCGAGUGACAUCGGAGGGCAGCGGAGCCUGGUGAACAAGUGGACCACCUUUCUGAAGGCCCGUAUGGUGUGUUCAGUGUUGGAGGAAGACGGCACAGAGACCCACUUUGACGAACUAGAAAGUAUGUUUUUACUGGAAACCGACCAGCCCAAGGGCCUGUUGGUGUUUGGAGUCUUCACAUCCACAAGCUCCGUGUUUAAAGGCUCGGCAGUGUGUGUGUACAACAUGGCCGACAUCCUCACCGUCUUCAACGGACCCUUCGCUCACAGAGAGGGGCCCAACUUUCAGUGGGUGGCUUUCCAGGGACGCAUCCCCUACCCGAGGCCCGGGACGUGUCCCGGUGGAGCCUUCACACCUGACAUCCAGACCACAAAGGAGUUCCCAGAUGACGUAGUGACCUUUGUACGGAACCAUCCGGUCAUGUUCAACCCUAUAUACCCCAUAGGGAGGAGGCCUCUGGUGGUCCGGACUAACGCCGACUACAAAUACACCUCUGUGGCAGUGGACCAGGUCACGGCUGCUGAUGGCAACUAUCAGGUGCUGUUCCUGGGCACAGACAAAGGUACAGUACAGAAGGUGAUUGUGCUGCCCAGCAAUCAUUCCCUGCAUGAGGAUCUGAUCCUGGAGGAGCUGGAAGUGUUUAAGGACCAAGCUCCGGUUACAAACUUGAAAAUCUCGUCAAAGAAACAACAGCUGUACGUCAGCUCGGAGUUCGGGGUCUCGCAGGUCUCUCUACACCGCUGUCACGCUUACGGCUCAGCGUGCGCCGACUGCUGCCUCGCCCGAGACCCCUACUGCGCCUGGGACGGACUCAGCUGCUCCCGAUUCUACCCCACUGGCAAAAGGAGAAGCAGGAGGCAGGAUAUUAUGCAUGGAAAUCCACUCACUCAAUGCAGAGGAUUCAACCUGAAAGCCUACAGAAACGCUGUGGAGAUGACACAGUACGGAGUGAAAAACAACACCACCUUCCUGGAGUGCAUCCCAAAGUCUCCUCAGGCCUCCAUCCGCUGGCUGAUUCAGCGGGACAAUGACAGGAGGAAAGAGGUGAAGCUGAGCGACCGCGUCCUCUCCACCGAGCACGGCCUCCUCAUCCGCUCCGUCCAGCUAUCCGACCAAGGCCUCUACUACUGCCUGACCACGGAGAACAGCUUCAAACGUACCGUCGCCAAGAUCCGCCUGCGAGUGCUGAGCGAGGCCAUGGUGAGCGUGCUGACGGACAAACAGCAGUCUCCGUGGGCCUGGGCCAGCUCGCUGCACCCGAAGGCCCUUUUGGCAGCCUUCAGUCCAGCGGAGAGCCUGGCUGUGCAACAAUACUGCAAAGAGAGGAAGGAGCUCCAGAAGCUGCAGCAGAGGCAGCAGCAGCAGCCAGCUCCGCCACCUGGACCUCUCAGGGGGGACAUGGCCAAACUGAAGCCACUGCUGGACCGGAGGAAGAGCCGCAACCGACGUAAUCACCUCCCAGAGGUGUGAACACAGACUGACUGACUGUCUUUAAGAGCAGAUCCUCAUUUUCCAACUCAUCUCAAACUGCAGAACUUUACUGUGGAUGUUCACAAACCAGGAGGUGGACGUGGGGAUUUUUUUUUCCUGCAUGUGGAACUGUGACCAGAUGGCUGGGACUUACAAUAACACACGUGCACAUGCAUGCACAAGCCGUCCAUUUGCUGUAGCAGCAACAAAACAAAGCCCCCAAUCGAGAGUACGGCUAACAAACCGCGGUCUGUAACACACCUUUAGACUCUGUCAGUGAUCUUUCCUCCUUUUUUAACUCACAGGGGGAAGUUUGACCUGUCAGAUUUAUCUCACAAUGGACUUGUUCUUUUCUUUCAAAAAAGAGGAGGCUGUUUGAAAUCUUCCUUGAGGAGAUUAAAGAGGAACAAAAGGGAGACAGAUGCAUGUAUGUAUGAGCGCCUUCUUGAGGAGUUACACUUAAGCUUUUCAUUAGAUCCUACUCACAUUUCUACGUUAGCUAACACAACAGCCUCAGCUCAGUGGAAGGACAUAAUGAAGGUCACAGAAAGUCAAUAAGUGAGAGAAAGAAAAGUUUCUCUCAGCUGCACCAACUGCCCACAAUACCACUUUUUACUGAAAGCACAGAUGGCGACAAUCCUCAUAAAAAGUGUUACAUUUCAAGUUAAAAUGUGUAAGUUCAAAAGGCCGGACUCGACACUACGCCCCGAUGUUAAAGAAACAAGAAGAGUGGUAACAUUAUACAAGAAUAAAGAAGCCUGUGUGAGCUGUUUAUAGACAUGAUCUGUAUUUAUUCCCAUUACUCAGACGUACGUUUAGGAGUAGGCGCCUGACUCAGCUGUAUGUUGUAUCAUAGUUCUUUUGUUUCUGAAGCAUGUUGAUAGAGAAUCAUCAGUGAAAUAAAAGCCUCUGAAUCCUUCACUGGAUCAGGUUUGAGUAGAUAUGAACAUCUUUUCUCCACCUGGUCGUGUGCUUCAUAAGAUGCUCAAAACAUGACACCCCCCAGCGAAGACCGAGGAGAAGUAACACCCGUGAUAAAGCCGGUAACGCCGACCAUCUGAUGUAUGUGAAUACUGUUCUUCAGACGCUCGUGUAGAUAGAGAUCAUGUGUUGCUUGUGUACAGAGUAUUUUUGUGUGUUUCGUCUUUGUAUAUGUUAUGCAGCGUUUUGUGGAAGUGUUUCUUUCUGUACAUAAAUUCAACAUAUUUCACCAUCCGAGACGGUAUCUGCAAAUCGUAGAGAUAAACAGUGUUUGUUUUUAUUCAGAGGACGGCCCUCGGUCGGAUACCUCUGCUCCAUGUUUAGUAAAAACUGUGACCAGCAGCUUCCCCUCAGUGUAACUUCAGUGUUAUGAAUCUGUGUAUUUAUUAAUGUCAUGGUAGCCUGAAUAAAUCUGAUAAACGUCAUUUUUAUAGAA